AUGGCAUCCUGUCAUACCCAGAAUCUGGGCAUUCGGACCACCUGGAAGGAGGACCUGCGUGCAUCAUGCGUAGAGCUGGUCUACGGUGAACCUCUUCGCUUGCCGGGAGAAUUCUUUUCAACGAGCAAUCCCAGCACCAUCGAAGACUUAUCGGAAUUCGGAAACCGUCUACGCAACCACCCCAGCAGAUUGGGCCCUCAAGAAACAUCAUGGCAUGGAAACCGUACAUUUUACAUACCAAAGCACUUGAAGGAUGCCACCUACGUCUAUCUUCGCCAAGGUCCUGAACGCAAGCCACUGCAAUCGGCGUACCUGGGUCCAUUCAAGGUCAUAAGAAGAGUUAGUAAGGCGUACGUGAUCGAAGUUCAGGAACAAGAGCAGACCGUGACCAUCGACCGCCUCAAACUGGCCUACGUGACAACACCUUCAGAGUCAUCAUCUCUAGCUGAAAAGACCACACCGAUGACCACGGCGACUCCGAAAACAAAACUUACCAGAAGCGAUCGAAGGGUAGAAAAAGUGAUCUAA